UUGUAAACAGUUAAAAUGGAACAAGAGAUAAAAGAUUUCAAGAAAAAGAGCAUCUCUGAAGCAUUUAAAUGCUCAAAAACGCCCUUCUGUAAACAUGAAUCCACAUGCAUUAAUGCAGUUAUUGCAGCCUUUGGGAAAGGAUUAUGUUCAGGAGCUCUCCUUAAAGGAGUGAUUCAGCUAGUCAUAUCUCUGGUGAGAACAAGAAGCAUAGGAACCGCUUUUAAAGAUGCUGUAUCAAAGGAUACACUUAAGUUUGCAGCAUUUAUUGCACUUCUUCCCACUAUAUACAAAAUAAUAAACUGCUUUUUAAGACGGAUUAGAAAAACUGAUGAUAAUCUAAAUCCUGUGAUUUCCGGAAUAAUUUCCUCCACAGCAGCAAUCGCAGAUCCUUACGAUUACAGAAGAAAGUUGAUUAUAUACUAUGUGUUUGCAAGGGCCUUUGACACAUCAGUAAACUGCUCUGAAGAUCAUAAAAGUUGGAAAGUCCCUGAAUCUUGGCCAAUUAUCCUCAACUGCAUCAUGGUGUGCCUAUUCCUAUAUCUCUUCUACUCAGAUUCAGGCUGUCUCCCAGAGUACAUGUACAACUACAUCUCGAAUAAAGUCCUCUUGAGCAGUAAUGACAGCAAAUUCAUGGAAAUUCUGAGGAAGUAGGAAUUAGAUUUAUUGCCAAAUAUUGGGCAUCUUCAAUUUUUGGUUGG